AUGUUAAAUGUUUCAAUAUAUUUGUUGUUUAUAUUUUUAUUUUUAUAUCUAGAAUAUUCAUGUUUCAUAUUCAUUGUUAACAACGAUGUCAUCUUAUAUAUGAUUGUAAUGCAACGUGCACGAGCCUUGAAUAUAUUUAAAAAACUUCACCGUACAUGUGAAAAUGUAUUUAAAGCUGAUAUCGAAACAUUACAAAACGCCAGAGAAAAGAUUAAUUUGGAGUUUCGAGCUAAUCGAAAUGAAACUGAUGCAGAAAAAAUAAACGAAUUAUUGGUAAAAGCAGAAGAUUGUGAAAUGUUAAUCAGGACAACAGUUAUUCAAAUGGAACUCAUCGAUGCUGAGAAAAAUGUGUAUAGAAUGAAUCUACGUGACGAUUUAGCAUAUCAAGAUAAUGAACAUUGUAUCAAAGAUAAAUAAUAAAAAAAGAAAAACAUGAAGGAAAAGUUUAACAACUCAAUGCCAGUAAAACCAAAGCGGUUUAUUAGAAUAUUGUUUUAUCCAUAUAUUUUUGAGAAAAAGGUUUAAACCAUUUUAAUAAUCUAUUUAUUAUUUGAUUUAUGAAGUAAAAUAAAGUGAAUUUAUCAAAGAAAUUGUUGAUUGAAAGCUUUAUAUCUUCUCUUGUAUUACAUCUAGUUCAUGAAUAUGUCUUCCUAUGUAAUUGAAACAGUUUGAUAGAUAAAUAAUUGAGUGUAAAUGUUAUUAAACACAUUUAAUCAGUGUAAGUAACAGCGUUGAACAUGGCUUAUCCAUUUUUGUAUAAUAUUAAUUAGUUUUGCUCAAAAAGUUUGAUCUGAAGCUAAGUCGAUAAACAUGUAUUAGGUAAAUGAGUUAUAUUAAUACUAGGUAGUGAUGUUUCUUAAAUAUGUUAUAUCGCAUUGUUACAAAUUAGAAAGGGCUAAUAAUAUUGUCCACUAAUUUAUUUUCGGUUUUAUGAUGCUUUUCAAUCUAAAUGAACUACACAUUUUGAUGCUACCUGUGACUUUCAAUAGGCUCGAAAUGUUACAAUUAGAUUUUAAGUGAUUUGUAGUUUCCGACUUGAUUUGUUUUUACAAUGAUGGUUCUUCAAAAUGUUUUUGAUAUUUGUUGUUCAUUACUCAAAUAUAUUAAUCAUGUUUCGAA